AUGGGCAAUGCCUCCAAUGACUCCUGGCCCGAGGACUGCGGGACGCGACAGUGGCUUCCCCCGGGCGAAAGCCCAGCUAUCAGCUCCGCGAUGUUCUCGGCCGGGGUGCUGGGGAACCUCAUCGCGCUGGCGCUGCUGGCGCGCCGCUGGCGGGGGGACACGGGGUGCAGCGCUGGCCGCAGAUGCUCCCUCUCCUUAUUCCACGUGCUGGUGACCGAGCUGGUGUUCACAGACCUGCUCGGGACUUGCCUCAUAAGCCCGGUGGUAUUGGCUUCGUACGCACGGAACCAGACCCUGGUAGCACUGGCGCCCGAGAGCCGUGCGUGCACCUACUUCGCUUUUGCCAUGACCUUCUUCAGCCUGGCCACGAUGCUCAUGCUCUUCGCCAUGGCCCUGGAGCGCUACCUCUCGAUCGGGCACCCCUACUUCUACCAGCGCCGUGUCUCGCGCUCAGGGGGCCUGGCCGUGCUGCCCGUCAUCUACGCAGUCUCCCUGCUCUUCUGCUCGCUGCCGCUGCUGGACUACGGGCAGUACGUCCAGUACUGCCCCGGGACCUGGUGCUUCAUCCGGCACGACCAGACCUCUUACCUGCAGCUGUACGCCACCCUGCUGUUGCUCCUCAUCGUCGCGGUGCUCGCCUGCAACUUCAGUGUCAUCCUCAACCUCAUCCGCAUGCACCGCCGAAGCCGGAGAAGCCGCUGUGGACCUUUCUUGGGCAGUGGCCGGUGCGGCCCCGGGGCCCGUAGGAGAGGGGAAAGGGUGUCCAUGACAGAGGAGACGGACCACCUCAUUCUCCUGGCUAUCAUGACUAUCACCUUCGCCGUCUGCUCCUUUCCUUUCACGAUUUUUGCAUAUAUGAAUGAAACCUCUUCACGAAAGGAAAAGUGGGACCUCCAAGCUCUUAGAUUUUUAUCAAUUAAUUCAAUAAUUGACCCUUGGGUCUUUGCCAUCCUUAGGCCUCCUGUUCUGAGACUGAUACGUUCAGUCCUUUGUUGUCGGAUUUCAUUAAGAACACAAGAUGCAACACAAACUUCCUGUUCUACACAGUCAGAUGCCAGUAAACAGGCUGACCUCUGAGGUCAGUAGUUUAAAGUUCUUAGUUAUAUAGCAUCUGGAAGAUCAUUUUGAAAUGGUUCCUUGGAGAAAUGAAAACAAUGUGUAAACAAAAUGAAGCUGCCCUAAUAAAAAGGAAUAUACAAACAUUUAGGCUGCGGUCAAGGCUACAGAUGUGCUGAUAAGGCACUUCAUGUAAAGUGUCAGAAGGAGCUAUAAAACCUACCCUCAAUAAGCAUGGCACUUGGCCUUUGGAGGAACAGUCGGCUGCACUUAAGAUCCAGUUGCCUUUUGAUUUAAGCUUUCCUGUUGAAUGACAAAGCAUGUGGUUUCAUAAUUUGUUUCAAACCCCAAAUAGUGACUAUAUUUUCUAUUUUAAUCUUGCUACUACCGUGAUAAACAUUCAGUGUACAGCCAGACCAGAUUAAACAUCAUAUGUAUUCUCUAGAAGUCGAUAUGUGGAAGCAACCAAGCCUGCUGUCUUGUGAUUACUUAAUGAACUCUUUAUUUGAACAACGAAGUUGAAAAUCAUAGGCACCUUUUACUGUGAUGUUUGUGUAUGUGGAGUACUCUCUCAUCACUACAGCGUUACUCUUAGAAGUGUGAAGUCAGUCGGUUAACAUCAGUUUUGUUUACUCAUCCUCCAGGAGCUACACGUCAAUACGUCAGGUUAUUUAUUUUAUAAUGUCCAUAUGCUAAUAGUGAGCAAGAAGACUUGUUCUCUCAACAAGAAAUAAUAGAAAUGUUUUAAUAUUCUUUAUCCUAUUUCCAGGGGAGGAUGUAUGUGGCCAUGUAUGAAGCCAAAUAUUAGGAUUAAAAACUGAAAAAUCUGGUUCAUUCUUCAGAUAUACUGGAACUCUUUUAAUGUUGAUAUUGGGGCCAUGAGUAAAACAGACUUUAUAAGAUGACUGUGUUGUAUCAAAUUCAUCUGUCUAUAUUUUAUUUAGGAAACAUGGUUUGACUCAUAUUAUAUGGGAAAUCAUGUAGCAGUGAGUCAUAUCUUAAUAUAUUUCUAAAUGUUUGGCAUGUAAAUGUAAACUCAGCAUCAAAAUAUUUCAGUGAAUUUGCACUGUUUAAUCAUAGUUACUGUGUAGACUCAUCUGAAAUGUUACAAAAUAAACUAUAAAACAAAAAUUUGAAAACAGAAUAGUAUUUUAUGAACUUCCUCAAAUAACAUUUUACAAUUAACAUAAACAUAAUAUCUUUUAAAUGAGAUCAAAGUGGAAAAAUUAUAUUUAAUUUGGCAGAUUUGUAAACUGUGGUUGCCAGGUUUUUAAAGUGUGGUUGCAAAUUAGAGAUUAUAAUAUUCAUAAUAAUAUUUGGUAUUGGAAGAUAUUUUUUUCCUUCAGUUUUUACCCUUCCAGUAUGGUCUUUAAAAUAGUAGAACCGUCUUAUUUUUUGCAUAAUGUUAUUACAGAAUAACCAUUUACUUAAAAAAAGAAAAAAAAGAGACAGAUGCUUGUUUUCUCCAAAGUCUCAUUGUUUAUCCAAAACUAAUUCCUUUAAGCAGUUAUCAAACUAGAUGAUCACUUAGAAUGAUUUCAAACCAAUCUAGGCAUCAGUGUAUUUUGAUACAAACAAUCUACAUCAAAUCAGCUCUUAUUUUUAAGAAGAAUAAAUAACUGGUUUGCUUUUCUACAAAUUUACACAAGUCAGGCAAAAUUUAACUUGAUUAAAAUCUGGACAUAGAAAUAAAUCUUCCCUGUCCACCAGGCAUUCUAAAGUUAAGAAAUUAUUCUAAAUGGAACUAAUUAGGCCCAUGGGUAAUUCCUAAACAUAAAAUUCUGAAGUUGCUUUGAAUCUAGAAGAUUGAUUCCUUUUAUCAGAUGACUUUUUUUUCUGCAGAUGAAAAUGUCAACAACAAUUUUUUAACCCACCUUACCAAUCCCCUAAAAUCCCAGAAUAAUGCCUGAGAACUGAAAACAAGAAUGCAAAAUUGGACAUAAUAUCACUAGCAGAAACAAAAUUAUUCACUCUGGGAGCCCAAAGUAUAAGAAUUUAAGCCACUUAUUUAAGCACUGGUAUAUAUCUAGAACUUUGUUUUCUCAUGUACUCCUGUUCCAUGCACUGUGCUGAAUGACUAAAUCCUGGUAUUUCUUUUUUUCUUUUUUUUUUUUUUUGAGACGGAGUUUCGCUCUUGUUACCCAGGCUGGAGUGCCAUGGCGCGAUGUCGGCUCACCACAACCUCCACCUCCUGGGUUCAGGCAAUUCUCCUGCCUCAGCCUCCUGAGUAGCUGGGAUUAUAGGCACGCACCACCAUGCCCAUCUAAUUUUUUGUAUUUUUAGUAGAGACGGGGUUUCACCAUGUUGACCAGGAUGGUCUCGAUCUCUUGACCUCGGGAUUCACCCACCUCGGCCUCCCAAAGUGCUGGGAUUACAGGCGUGAUCCUGGUAUUUCAUUUACACCAAUAUAUAUGCAGAAGAACGUGAAAGUAAAAAUCCUCUGUAAUAGUAAUUCUUCCUAUUAAUGGCAAUGUAAAGGUAACUUAGAAAAAAAUUAUUAAAAUUAGAUAUGUAAAUAAUCCCUUUCUAAAAAUUCUAUCACAUCAGACAUACCUGUUUCAGUUAUUCAUUUUCAAGUUAAAUAAAAGAAUUUACUUAGCCUGAUAUAUUAGAAAACUGAAUUGUGAUAAAAGAAGACUUAGACUUUACUCUUUGCCCUUAAUAGUCAGAAUGAAAAGGGAGAAAGAAACUAUAGUGGGUAUUCCCCGCAGCAUGACAGCCCUAAGUUUAGGUGUUUGGAUGUGGGAUGGACCAAGCUGUCUGCUCUGAGCUGAGUUAUUCCUAAAUGGUUCAGCGUGGCCCUGGUCAUCUUUUCCAAGAAAGAACUGAAAAAUUCUGGUGCUAAAUGGUGGCGUUGAAUCUCCAAAAAUCUGAUCGGGAUCUGAGUUUGCUUAGAAGGUACAAGAUGACUCUGGAAGACAUGCAUCACAAAGUGGGUUGGAGCCAUGACAACCCAGAGCGAGACUGAAACUCUAGAAAUCACUCCAACUUCAAACCAUGAUGUUUGCAGAGGUCUCGAACCCUGAGGAGGGAGGGCAAAACUGAUUCACAUCACUACUUGCUCUCAGUGUAAGUCAGUUAAACCUUGGCGUCUCUGUCUCCUCAUCAUCAGUGCACUUUGAGAGAGGGAUUAUUCUAAUGCUAAUGGCAGAUCAGCUCUGAUCUGAACCAAGAAAUAACAACACAUUCCGGUUUAGAAUUUGAUGCCUUUGAAAGGCAGGGAAAGACAAUUAACUCUCACUUAGGCAGAGUUUUGUUUAUUUCAUUUAGCUUAAGCCAAAUCUAAUGGUUUCUGGAACUUGGGAAGAGCCGCUACUUAAGCCAUUUAUAGAGAGAGAUGCAUUCCAUUCUAUAAAUGAGUUUUUCAUACGUGUCAACCUGCAAUGCCUACUCUUACUUGCUCUGUUACACCGAAUAAUUUGAUGCCCCUCUUCUGCCUUCAUCAAACACUCACUACAUUGGCUUUCCUUUCAUCACCUAACAGCAUUAUAAUUAAUUUUUAAAUUGACAAGGCAUUUUGAUGACCUAAAAUAGACACUUUGGAAAGAAGUAUUAUUUUAGCAAUUCACAAAAGCUACAUUUUAAUUUAUACAUGGGCCAAGGUCACAUCUUAGGCAUUACUUAUUUCUGAAAAUUAUUUUUUUUUCCUGGCAGCUUUUGUGUUACUAUGCAAAAAAAAAGAAAAUUAAGUACAUUUUCUUCAAUGAGAUAUUUUUAUUUCUUAUGAAAUGUAUGUACUAUUUAAUGUCAAUUUUAGUGGUUUAAUUCUGUGAUCCAUCUAUUUCAUGGUACAUGAUAAUUCUAAUAAGGUUAGGAACUAGUAUCAUCUUAGAUGCCCUUUCAGGGGCCCCUGUGAUCUUUUUACAUACACCUGGCUCUGAUUUCUGAUUCUCAGUGGUGGUGGCAGGUACUGGGGGUGAUGCUAUAUAUUUCUUAACUCUGAGUAACUGUCAAGAAAAAUGGCAAUACACAAAUGGGACAUAUUUGCAUUUCAUAGAAUGCAAUGAAGAUUGGUACACAUGGGAGAAUGUAGAGGAAUGUGUAACUAUCAAAGAGUGGAACAAGAGAGACAGCAAAACAGCAGGGCAUAUGACACCUCACCAUUUUGGUGCCCUCCUCCAGAUCUUAUCCAAGUUAUCAAUGCCCAUCUAAAAACAGUGGGCCAGAACCAAACACCAGUAAUUCUAAACCAGUCUUACCAGUACUGAAUGCUGAUAUGUCACUUCCUGGCUUAAUCUGGAUAUUACGUUUCUAUUAAUGCAACCUGGGGUCACAAAGCUAUCUAGAAACCAGGUCGUAUCUUUAAAACCUCCAACAGAUAGAAGAAGCAACAGCAUGCCAGUUUACAUAGAGGAAAACUGGGUAUGCAGUGGGCAAGUGAGUUGGUCACUAGGGACAUCCUCAUAAGAUACCCUUAUGAUUGUGGUGCUUACCUUGCCAACCUGAGAUCACACAGUCAUUUAGUUUCUCUCUUGUCUCUUAUCUCUUGCUUUUCAAUUGGCCGAGUACACUAGGGAUGGGGAGCUUUGGGUUUGUCAGUUGAACCUGGUCUUUUCGGUUAAUAAUUUUGCCCCUGAGAUUGUGUGGAACUGGACGCCAGUGCCCUACCCUAGAGAACAGGAGCUCUCUUGAAGUGGAGCUCACUGCUUUUAGUUAUCAAACAAUAUUUUUACUAGAGUUAAUUGGCAAUACUCAUCUCAGUCCGUAAGAGUGUGCCUGAUAUAUCAUGAUAAAUAAAAUGUUUAAAAAUUCAACAGCUGCACAAGUAAACCUUUGAAGACAUAGUGGAGCCUUUUUCAGCUCUUAGAGAGCUUCUCAGUGUGUCCACAUUGUGAAGUGCUCGGAGGAACAAGCCAAAAAGCCCCUAGACUUUUGAAAACCCAAUGUUAACUUUUUACAUUUUUAAAAAUAAAUGUCCUCGUGUUCCCGGUAGGAUGAAAGGUAUGAUAACCAAAACACUGUGGGCUGCAUGCUGUGGCAUACUAUUCUCUGACCUGUAAAAAUAAAUUUUUCUGGUGUGAGUAGGCGUUCCAAUAAAAGAAGAGCAAGCCUAAUUGUAAA